AAGGAAGGAAGGAAGGAAGGAAGGAAGGAAGGAAGUGGGGUGGUGUUGCUGAGAGAAGAAUUUCAUUUUCCUCGAGAUUGGUGUCCACCCGAGAUAAAGACCACAGGACCAUUGCCUUAGUCAGUCCCCCCCUUCUCUCUCUCUCUCUCUCUCUCUCUCUCUCUCUUUCUGUUCCUCUCACAAGACCCCCCAUUUGAACCCAACAACAGUCCCAGCAGACGAAGAAGAAGAGCAAGCGAAGGCACCAUUUUCCCCGACUGACCCAUGAAGGAGAGAGUGGGCUCUCUUUCGUGGAGAGAGCCUGCCUGAACAGGAAGAAGAAGAAGAAGAAGAAGAAGAAGAAGAAGAAGAAGAAGAAACAAGAGACAGCGAGGAAGGAGAAGCACCCCAUCAGUCUACUCUGUUUCUCUCUCUUGAGGUUUCUGUUUUUGGGGUGGUGGUGUUGGUGUGGGUUGGUCUAUGGCGGCGGCGCUGAACAGUAAGCAUCAGCAGCAGCAGAUGGACAACAACAAGUACGUGAGGUACACGCCGGAGCAAGUGGAGGCGUUGGAGAGGGUCUACAAUGAGUGCCCCAAGCCCAGCUCCCUCCGCCGGCAGCAGCUCAUCCGGGAGUGCCCCAUUCUCUGCAACAUUGAGCCCAAACAGAUCAAAGUCUGGUUCCAAAACCGCAGAUGUCGUGAGAAGCAGAGGAAGGAAUCAUUCCGUCUUCAGACGGUGAAUAGGAAGCUGAGUGCUAUGAAUAAGUUGCUGAUGGAAGAGAAUGAUCGGUUACAGAAACAAGUCUCCCAUUUAGUUUACGAGAAUGGUUACAUGCGUCAGCAGCUUCAGAGUUCAUCAGCAACGACCACAGACAAUAGCUGUGAGUCUGUGGUCAUGAGUGGUCAGCAGCAGCAAAACCCAGCAGCUCAGCAACCUCCAAAGGAUGCUAGCAGCCCAGCAGGUCUUCUUGCAAUUGCUGAGGAGACCCUCGCGCAGUUCCUCUCAAAGGCUACUGGAACUGCUGUCGAUUGGGUACAAAUGAUUGGGAUGAAGCCUGGUCCGGAUUCUAUUGGAAUCGUUGCUGUCUCCCGCAACUGCAGUGGGGUAGCAGCACGAGUCUGUGGUCUCGUUAGUCUAGAGCCCACAAAGGUCGCCGAAAUACUUAAAGAUCGCCCAUCUUGGUUUCGAGACUGUCGGUGCCUUGAUGUGGUCAGUGUGAUCCCUACUGGAAAUGGAGGGACAAUUGAGCUUGUCUACAUGCAGACCUAUGCUCCCACAACAUUAGCAGCGGCCCGUGAUUUUUGGACGCUGAGGUACACUACGAGUUUGGAGGAUGGGAGUCUUGUGAUUUGUGAGAGGUCAUUGACUUCAACUAUUGGUGGCCCAUCAGCCCCACCUUCCUCGGGUUUUGCGAGGGCUGAGAUGCUUCCAAGUGGAUACCUGAUCCGUCCUUGUGAAGGAGGCGGCUCCAUCAUUCAUAUUGUUGAUCAUGUUGACCUUGAUGCAUGGAGUGUUCCCGAGGUUCUGAGGCCACUGUAUGAAUCAUCGAAGAUUCUUGCCCAAAAGAUGACUGUUGCUGGUCUACGACAUAUAAGGCAAAUUGCACAGGAAAGUAGCGGAGAGGUUCAGUUUGGUGGGGGCCGCCAGCCUGCAGUCUUGAGGACAUUCAGUCAGAGGUUGUGCAGAGGGUUUAACGAUGCGGUGAAUGGAUUUGUUGAUGACGGGUGGUCCCUUCUCGGUAGUGAUGGUGUAGAAGAUGUAACCAUAAUGGUUAACUCAUCUCCGAACAAAUAUUUUGGGUCUCAAUAUAAUGCCGCGAUGUUUCCAAAUAUUGGAAGAGGGGUCCUCUGUGCUAAGGCCUCCAUGCUUCUCCAGAAUGUUCCACCUGCUCUUCUGGUUCGCUUUCUUCGGGAGCACCGUUCUGAGUGGGCUGACUAUGGAAUUGAUGCAUACUCAGCGGCAUGCCUUAAAGCUAGUCCUUAUGGGGUUCCCUGUCCGAGGGCUGGUGGCUUCCCCAGUAGCCACGUCAUCUUGCCCUUGGCCCACACUGUGGAGCAUGAAGAGUUCUUGGAGGUGGUUCGGCUAGAAGGCCAUGCUUUCUCCCCCGAAGACAUGGCUCUGGCUCGUGAUAUGUACCUACUACAGCUAGGUAAUGGGCUUGAUGAAAAUGCAGUUGGAUCCUGUGCACAGCUUGUUUUUGCACCGAUCGAUGAAUCCUUUGCUGAUGAUGCUCCUUUGCUACCCUCUGGUUUCCGUGUCAUACAGUUGGACCCUAAAACAGAUGGGCCGGCAGCAACUCGGACACUGGACUUGGCUUCUACACUGGAGGUGGGAUCUGGUGGGGCCCGAUCCACCAGUGAUGCUGACAGUACUUACAACCUCCGGUCGGUCUUGACAAUAGCUUUCCAGUUCACAUUCGAGAACCAUUUAAGGGAGAGUGUAGCAGCCAUGGCUCGUCAGUAUGUUCGCAGUGUUGUGGGCUCAGUUCAGAGGGUUGCAAUGGCCAUUGCCCCCACGGGGCUCGGCCCACAGCUGGGCCCAAAAUCAAUUCCUGGUUCUCCAGAGGCUCUUACUUUGGCACGUUGGAUUUGUCGAAGCUACAGGGUCUACACUGGAGGAGAACUAUUCCAAGGUGACUCACAGACAGGGGAUGCUGUUUUAAAGCAACUUUGGCACCACUCUGAUGCAAUCUUAUGCUGCUCGGUGAAGAACAAUGCCUCGCCAGUCUUCACCUUUGCUAACCAAGCUGGGCUCGACAUGCUUGAGACUACUCUAGUUGCCCUCCAAGACAUCAUGUUGGAGAAGAUUCUCGAUGAAAGUGGACGGAAGGCUCUCUUCUCGGAGUUCGCAAAGAUCAUGCAACAGGGAUUCGCAUAUUUGCCUGCAGGAAUAUGCGUCUCAAGCAUGGGAAGGCCAUUGUCCUACGAGCAAGCCGUGGCAUGGAAAGUCCUCGACGAUGAUGACUUGAACCAUUGCCUUACCUUCAUGUUUGUUAACUGGUCUUUCGUGUAGCAGAUGGAGUAAGUGAUCUCGGGUUGGGGUCAGGUUGCAUUUUGGCUUUUGAUUAUCCCACUUUUAAGUUAAUAUAUGAAGAUGAAUAGUUCAAAACUCUGUUUUUUGUUAUGAUGAUGACUGCUAUUCGGAUGCUGGACAAAGUGAAUGCAGGUAUAACUAUGACAUCGCAACUAUCGUAUUCCUAUUUAUGUUUGUGUUGUUGAAUUGGAUUAUCGGUCGGGAUUGGGCGUUUUAAUGAA